AUGUCUCCUACAACUACAGCCUUCUCCUCGCCAUCGCCAAGCCCUGCAGAAAGGUGGAAUCAUCCCAAUAAAAACAGUAGUGAGGACGAUGUGAACAAACCGGUUCCUGGAUGGCCUUCCUUGGCCAAAACUGUAGCCGACACCCGUGGGUUUGCAGCGUUUCCAUCUUUCACAGAUCUCAACGUGAAGUCUCUUCUCUACUAUCAAGCCCAACUUAUCAGACUGAGAAAAGAACUGCAUAAGACUGAAUUUGAAGACUAUUUCCAUGGUGCAGACCCAGAACGCAACUUUGCAGACGACUUGGACUGGAUGUUCGAUGUCGACGACUCGAGGCAAAGUGGCCCAGAACAAAAGAACUCUGAGCAGACAGAGUCAGAAGAAAAGGGCUCAGGACAAGAUGACUCGGAGCAACAGGACUCGGAUGAAGAGGACUCGCAGCACAGGAGCUUAGAGCAAUUGAGAAUCCUCGAAAAAAUUCGGACUAUUCUGGAUAAAUACAAUAAUGCACUGAUCCAAUUCUCGCAGGUGUCAGCAUUCCCGGACGCCGACAGUUCCAAUGUCGAUUGUCUAAGAAAGUUUGCAAGAAAAGUAUGCGACCCAACAGCUAUCAUUGGAACAGGUUCCCAGACCUGGGGCACACUUCGCGCAGAGAAAGGCACGAGUGGAACGCGGGAGACUUUCUGGCCACUCUUUUGGGGACUUUUUGUGGGUUUUUUCAAGACUCAAGAAGUGAAGCGCGACCCUGUUAAGAAUGAAUUUCAAGAGCAUUUGAUAGUGCCUCGCGUGGGAAGCAAGCCCGAUGGUUUAACGACGUGGGUCACAUACAGCUUCAUCCCCCUGUUCCACCACGUGUGGCAAGGAUGGGGAUCGCCUACUUGGGCUGGGCUUUGGACGAGAGUGACAGGUCCAUUUUCUUCAUGCCACCUUCCAAAGUGCUGGCAAGACGCAAGUCCACCUACUGACAUUGCGGCAUCGAGAGGCGAAACAGAACCCAAAGACGAGAAGAAUCUCGCCGGCGUCACCGCCUACUCGAAAAGCUGGAUUUUCCGCGUUACGUCCAUACUAACAACCAUCGUGGCUUGUCUGCUACCUGUCAUCGCCAUCGUCGUUCUCUCUAGGGUCCACUCAAUGGGAAUGAUACUCGGACUCAUUGCUCUGUUCAACAGCAUCUUCGCUUUUGGUCUUGUUCUCAUCUCAACGGGAAGUUCACGGGUCGAUAUCUUUACUGCUACUGCUGCGUUCUCGGCGGUGAUGGUGGUAUUUGUCCAGAACAAGAUCGGUCAAAAUUAA